AUGACAGAUUAUAAUUCAACUUCCUCUAGCGAAUCAUCGGACAUGGACAUGAAUAAGACGAUCCAGGCUAGGCUAAAGGACACGAGAUACCGAACUGGCAGAAGCCAGACAACGGCAAGGAGGGAGGGGCUACGUAGCGGAAAGUCCCAGGAAGCGAAGAAGGCUGAAGAGAUCGAGGACAGCGACCGAUCUCGAUCGCCUCUUAGGGUCGAUGAUUCGACGGCAUUCGCCACCUCCAAAGAGGAGGACUCGGACGAUGGCGAGAAAAUUGCCCAAAAGAAAAAGGAAGGGAAGUGGGAAAUCCCCAGAGACGAGGAUGGCAAUACGGACGAGGAGCGUCUCGUAGAGAAGGCCACUAGAGGCAGGGGCAGGCCAGAAACGACAGGGGGAUACCGACUCAAAAAAGAGUUCAUGGCGAGAAAGCAGGCCAUUAUGGAACAAAAAAGGGAAGAAUUCCUGCUGAAAGGCAUGGAAAACCCUCUCGAAGAGUUCCAGGACUGCACUUCCAACCGGAAGUACAAGGCAGAACUGAAGAAACUUACGGAACACCUAGAGGAGGCCCCCUUCCGAAACAUUGCGGGAACGAUAUUAGAGGCAUCGACGAAGGUCCUAGGAUUUUCGCAAAAAUCUAAAAGCCUCAAGGGCACACACGUGAAGGUCCUCAGGGAUGCCGCAGCGGCCAUAACAGCGGGCACCAAUAUAAUGGCCAUGCAAAUGGCGCAGGAGAUGCGGGAACAACCUGGACCUCAUAGAGGAACUACGGGCGAAGAACACGAACUUAAAAACGUCGCUGAAGGAGAGAGGGAAUGGGCAAUAACUCCACCCAUGGUGGACAUGAUGGAGGAGGAGGAGGCACCGAUAGGAAUUAUAGAGGUGCAAAAGGGGUUGAUCCCAGGGGAGAGGAGACGCCCGGUGAGGGAGAGGAAUGAAGCCAGGGUCGCAAAAACAGGCCCCAAGAUCAGGGAGAACAUCCUCCUGGACAACAAGGUUAGGGUAGAAAGGAGGGAGGAUUCAGAGAAGAACGCAGGGAAAGGACUGGAGGGAGACAUAACAAAGAUGGUGUUUAAAGCUUUAAAUGACUGGACAACACAAGGAAGGGAGAUUCCCAAAAAAGGGGCCGGGAAAGAUAACAAGGUAAAGGGAGUGGGGAGCCGGGGUGUGGUACAACGGGGGAGAAACAAAUACGAUCAGGAGUACCCUCAAUUACCACCCACGCAAUCACAAAGAAAGGAACAACAGGUACAGGAAACUCCUACACCACAAAAAGAGACGUGGACAAAAGUAGUGGGUAGGAGAGAGAGGAAGAAGGAGAAAGAAACACAGAAAAUGCAGGAGAUAAAAAGGGUGGUGAACAUCGAAAGAAAGGAGGGGAAGAAGAACAGGAGGAGAGUCCCAAACACGGCGGCGGUAACCAUUACCGCCGAACGGGGACAAUACAAGGAUCUAUUGGCGGAGGCCAAAAGAAAGAUCGAUCUCACCGGGAUUGGAAUAGAAAAAAUAAAGACCAGAGUGGGGGCCACAGGAGCUUUGGUAAUAGAAAUACCUGGGGAACAAAGGGGCAAGCCGGCGGAUCAACUCGCCGACAAACUCAAGGACGUACUUACCGACAGAGCAAAAAUAAGUAGACCGCAAAAAAUGGGAGAGCUGCGAAUAAAGGGCAUGGAGAUAUCCACCACGGAGAGUGAAGUGGCAGAGGCAGUAGCCAAAGUAGGAGGAUGCCAGGUAGGAGAAGUGAAGACGGGAAAAAUGAGAGUGGCCUGGAACAGUUACCGGACGUUGUGGGUACAAUGCCUCCUCGUGGCAGCGAAGAAGGUUGCUGAGGAGGGCAACAUUAUAAUAGGAUGGGCGCUAGCUAAAGUGGAGCUACUGCAGGCGAGAGCAAUGCAGUGCUUCAGAUGCUUAGAGAAAGGACAUGUGCAGGUUAAUUGUAAAAAUAACAACGAUAGGCGAGCAAACUGCUACAGAUGUGGAGAACCCGGACACCUGGCUCGGGACUGUAGUUCAAAAGCCAGGUGUCAAAUCUGCGCAGAGAACAUGAUGGACACUAGACUACUCCAAGGGAACCUGCACCGCGCCCGUCAAGCGCUCCCCUUGUUCGAGCACACGAUGACGGAGCGCGGUGCAGGCUUAGGCAUAGCGGCAGAGCCCCAUCAUGUCCCCAGGAACCAUAGAUGGUUCGGGGACGAUGGGGGCUCUGUCGCUAUAGUCUGGAAGGCGAGUAAUAACUCACCCCCCGCGAAAUACGUGGAUCGCGGGAGGGGGUUUGUUGUGGUCAGGUGGGGAGCCAUCACCGUGGUCGGGGUAUACCUCCCCCCAGAAAAGAGCCUGGGCUUGGUGGAGUACAAGUCCAGGCUCCAAGAAAUGGGAGAUGUCAUUAAAAGACAUCUCCCGGGUCCUGUCAUCGUCGCCGGCGAUUUCAACGCCAAGUCGGAGCUAUGGGGCUCCCGGCGCGAUGACAGGAGGGGGGAGGUAACAGCGGACUGGGCCGUAGGCCUAGGUCUGCACAUUAUGAAUGACGGCAAAAAAUCUACGUUCGUCGGGUCGAGGGGGGAGUCUAUUAUCGACUUGUCUUGGGCGACCCCCUCGGCCCUGCGAAGGGUGCUGACCUGGAGGGUGGCGGAGGAGCUAGAAUCAUUGUCUGAACAUCUCUUAAUAGAGAUGGAGCUCUCCGUCACCCCCGAUGGCCUACGGCCCCGCAAUACGGACGGACCCCGGCCCGGUAGAUGGGCUCUGGCCCAGUUAAGCAGGGAGGAUCUUGAGAUCUCCCUCACGGGCUCCACCUGGCCACAGUGGAAGGACGGGCAGGACCUUGACUCUGAGGUCAUGGAGGUUAUGCAAGUGCUCGCACUCGCGUGCGAUGCUUCCAUGCCCAGAGUCAGGGCCUGCCCAAAACGAUGCGCCUGGUGGUGGACUGACCAAAUUGCCGCGUUGCGGCGGAUGUCGGUCCACUUCAGGCGCGUGUUCCGAGCAGUGCGUUGGGACGCGGACCCUGAGGUCACUCUGGUCGCCCGGCGGGAGUUCUGCGCAGCCGCGAAAGAACUCCGGAACGCCAUAGGGGUUGCCAGAGGAAAGGAGUGGGACGACCACUUCCUCUCGUUGGACGCGGAUCCGUGGGGGCGCCCAUACAGGAUGGUCAUGCAAAAGCUGAGACCAUGGGCGCCCCCUCUGACGGAGACGCUCGACUCCCGGUUCCUGGGACGGGGGGAGGUUCCGGGAGUCACCGAGGAGGAGGUGGCCGAGGCUACCAGGCGGAUCAAGAGCAGGAAAGCUCCAGGACCCGAUGGUAUCCCCGGCCGUGUCCUCACCCUGGCCUCAGGGUACACGAGCGCUAGGUUCGCGCACCUAUUCACUAGGGCGCUAAGGGAGCGGAAAUUCCCCCCAGUCUGGGAGAGGACCUACGUGGUCCUCCUCCGAAAAGAGGGUAAACCGGAGGAUUCCCCCUCCGCGUACCGGCCCAUAUGCCUCCUGGAUGAGGCGGGCAAGCUCUUCGAGCGCAUAAUAGCGGCCCGCCUCAAGAGGCAUAUGUCCUGGGAGGGUCCUGAUUUAGGCGACGGCCAAUAUGGCUUCCGAGAGGGCAGAUCAACUGUGGAUGCAGUGUUGCAUCUAAAGUCCCUCUCGGGGGCCAUAGUGUCGGAGGGCAGGGUGGCAGUCGCGGUAUCCUUGGAUAUCGCGAAUGCAUUUAACACCCUGCCCUGGGGUAGGGUGGUGCAAGCGAUGAGGGGUUAUUUCCGCUUCCCACCCUACCUCACGGCCGUCAUAGAGGACUACUUCCGGGGCUGUAGCACGUUGUGUUACGCGGACGACACGCUCGUCCUGGCCGGGGGGAGAGACUGGGGGGAGGCCGUUCACACGGCAAACUUAGCGGUGGCGGCGGUUGUGCGCUCCAUCCGCAACUUGGGCCUAGUGGUGGCGGAAAGGAAGUCGGAGGCGAUUUUCCUCCACGCAAAGGGCAUGAAGCCACUCCAGGCCCAUAUCAGGAUAGGCCAAGUCAGGGUCCCCAUAGAGGCCCAGAUGAAGAUGAUCUCCAUCAACCUGGGCAGGUUAGUGCCCAAUGUCGGGGGACCAGACAUGAAGGCACGUCGCCUCCACGCAGGAGUCCUCAAUUCGGUGGCCAUGUACGGAGCACGGGUGUGGGCCGAGUCGCUGGCCGCCAGUCGCCUGAUGCAAGCGCGAUUGCGCAGAGUGCAAAGGGGGCUGGCGGUCCGGGUAGCGAGGUGCUACCGUACCGUCUCCUGCGUGGCGGCGACAGUCCUGGCGACCAUGCCCCCUAUGGAGCUCGUGGCCCUGUCGUACAAACGCAUAGGAAGGACGCACGUCACCGUUAAAUGCGAGAUAUCUCAUCCUCGUGGAAUGAGCUUCCCAGGUUGCCGCGUGUCACCACCGGUGCCCUCCACCUCGGACUUGCCUUUUCUGCGAUCAUCCGGCUGGAGCGCGCUCUACAUAGGUUCCGUCGAACCACUGGGGCGAGUGCUGCUUGAGAGCUGCUUGGUACUUAAGAUUACGCCGAUGUGGUUUGGCUUACUUGGAUAUCUCGAGCUCAUCCGCAUGGCCCUCGAAGGCAGCCAGCUGGUCCUCGAGUGGGUCACUCUGGAUUUGGUUCCUCCUCCUGCUUGA